GUUUAUCAUAUAUCCUGAUGCCUAAUCACCUUUCUCCUAUACAUAUCACAUUUAGACAUUAUUUAUUUGCAACAAUAGGUGGCAGCAAUGCAUUGCUGAAUAUUUCUACUAUGCAACGAUGAGUUACAUUUUUAUCCUACCUCACACACACUCCACUGUUCUGUUACUGGCUGGACCUGGACCCUUUGUGAGUGAACGAGACAACACAACACAGAGGGUAAGUUCACACACAAAGACUGACUCCAACAUCUUCCUUUUUGCUAUUGUUGUAUGUCUUGCUGUCUUUCAGCAGCAGAGAGGGAUCCAAGCUUGACAUACAGAGACAACACACCAGAUGGCGAAGAUGAGUGGUGUUCCUGAGCGUCUCACCCAUUCUGAGGUAUUUGGUCAGCUGAGGAGAGAGCUGUCCCAUUCAUCUGACUCGCACAUUUUCAUCAUACUGGGAGCCUCAGUGAGUACUGUAGUAGUUACCCUGUUUGUGCUCUCCCUAACAUGUUUGGCAUGACAGUGAGUGACAAUGAGUUGGUAUGAUAGCACAAACAGACUGGCACUCAGGCUAAGUAGUAGUCCAUCUUUUCCCUGUGGUAUGUUCUGUACAAUUCUGUUCUACAAGUGCAGAGACAUGGGAUACAUAGAGUACAUUCCAAUGUUCAUACUAGAAUACCACGUCUUAGACAGCAUACUACCAGUAUACUGCUUCAUUGCUGGAAGUGUUCUAGUGUGAAUGUUGAAGCACAGCCAAUAGCCAUGGUUCUACAGUAUUUAAAAGGAAGUUACUGAUUUGUUGCACUGCUUCACUGUGGGAUAAGAGUGAGUUCCUUUGAGAUUUGCUUUAAGAUCAACCACUUGACCUAACAACUCAGUAGUUACACUACUGAUUAGGCUGCUGUGUGAGUUAUGGAAACGUGGAGUCUUGCUUGUUCUAAUUACCCAGCUAGUAUAUUUACAUUUACAUUUAAGUCAUUUAGCAGGCGCUCUAAUCCAGAGCUAUUUACAAAUUGGUUGUAUAUCUCUUGGGAGUGCCUCUCUUUAUCUAUAGUUCCAUCUGGUUUGAAGUCCAAACAUGGGGUCAAUUGUGUGUGUGUGUGUGUGUGUGUGUGUGUGUGUGUGUGUGUGUGUGUGUGUGAGUGGGGGAAGAGAGGAGGAGGGGGAAGAGAGGAGGAGAGGGGGAAGGGGGGAGAGGGGAGAGGGGAGAGGAGCACACGCUGACUGAAAUGUGCUGCAUCUGCCUUUUCUUUAUCUAGCGCUGAAAGAGAGAGAGAAUUUUAGGGCUUAAAAUGUUUGUCCACUUCCGUGAGUUGACUAUAUGCCUAUCACAAAUCACUAUCCCCCUUCACUACAGUUGAGUGUGUUAAAAAGUUACUUUUCAAAAUGGCUGUUCUGCAGUGUUGUUUGUCUUCCUGUUAUUCAAUGUUGUGUUUAAAUGACCCACAUAUCUGUUACUCACACCAUGCCCCACAUUGACUAGGUCAGUUUAAAGUUUUACUCCAGUAUUUGUAUUUAUUAUGGAUCCCCAUUAGCUGCUGCCAAGGCAAUAAAAUUUUUAAAACAUUACAAUACAUUCAUAACAGAUUUCACAACACACUGUGUGCCCUCAGGCCCCUACUCCACUACCACAUAUCUACAACACAAAAUCCAUAUGUACGUGUGUGUAUAGUGCGUAUGUUUUCAUGUGUGUGUGUAUGCAUGUCUGUGCCUAUGUUUGUGUUGCUUCACAGUCCCCACUGUUCCAUAAGGUGUAUUUUUAUGGUUUUUAAAAUCUGAUUCUACUGCUUGCAUCAGUUACCUGAUGUGGAAUAGAGUUCCAUGUAGUCAUGGCUCUAUGUAGUACUGUGCACCUCCCAUAGUCUGUUCUGGACUUGGGGACAGUAGGUCGGUACUGUAUAGGUUGGAUCUUGAACUGCCCUGUACUGUACCAUGAGUUCAUAGAAACAGGAACUAAUAAAAACAAGAGUAAUCAACCAUAAGGUUAUAGGCACAUUUUAGUCUCUCAAAUACUUUAUUUUAUCUAUCCAUUCAGGGAGAUCUUGCCAAGAAGAAGAUCUAUCCUACACUAUGGUGAGUGAGUUUCCUGUUUUCUGUUGCCGGAUUAUGUGCCUGUCUAUGUCCACAGUCCCUGAAACAUCAGAAUGACUGUUCAAGGCUCAGGUUUGUCAUCUCAAGUUUCUAUUCAUUAUGCUAGGAGUUUAGGGGGAGGGGGGGGGGGGGAUCUGCUCCUUGACCAGUGUUCUAGGUCAUCAUGUCUCCAGGGAGCAGAAUGAGUGUCCUGUCUGUGUCUCUGUCUCUUUACUCUGCAUCUCAUGGUUCGGUCCUCCUCUUAUAGGUGGCUGUUCAGAGAUGGGCUUCUCCCAGAAGAGACCCACUUUGUGGGCUUUGCUCGCUCCAAACUGACCAUGGAGGACAUCAGGACAGCAUGUCUGCCACAUAUGAAGGUAAGGAGUCUUAGUAUAGGCUGAGUGCAGGCAACUCGGUUCUGCUAACUUUUGAUCAAAAUCGUUUAGCUUUUGGUAGCUUCACCAUUGAAAGUCUAUGGGCAUGUGAAACUGCCUUGACACAGUGGUUUGUCAUUGAGGUUAUUGGGGGAUGUACAUAGGGUGACCAGUUUUGGCCGCAUUAGAUGUUUAAAUGUGGAAAUUAGGUAGUGUUUUUGGUGUAACAGUAACGUUCUACUAUGCUAUUACAUUUGGUUAUGUGGAAUACUAAUUAAUCAUUAUGUGAUCUUCCAAGACAUUGAUUCAGCUUUGAUCUAGCGUUAGCUUUAGCCUACUAAACGAGCACCAUUGUGAGAAGUGGAGGAGCGACGCUCUGUGCGCUCCGGAUCCCUGCUGUCUGCUGCACGGAGUUGAAGCUCACCUAGCCUAUUUUUGCCUCGCGCAAAAUUUGGUGAUACACAAAAUCUUGUAAUAUUUGGCCAAGGAAACAUUUCUGGUUGGUCUCAGGGAACGUAAAACCGUUAUGAGGCAGGGUCGGCGUUAUGGGCAGGACUUAUGGGUCCUGUCCCGCCCUACUGUACCUCCUUGCCCGUCAAAUAAAAUAUUGAAAUAUUGAUCAUUUAUUUGACUGGGACGAGCGCCGACAGAAAGACACAUCAAUCUCAGAUAAAGCAUCCGAUCGAGUGAAACAGCGCCCCUCUGUCUCAGUAUGUGUAGACCAUGUAUCUGAUGCUGUCUGGACCAAAAGAGUAUGGCAUGUCAUACUAUUUCUGGCCAGACCGCAUCAGAUACAUGGACUACAUAUAGUGAGGCGCUGUUUCGCCCGCUCAAAUGCUUUCUCCAGUGAUAUAAUUUCAGCAGAGAGGAAGAGGCGAAGUGAGAGGGCUCACUCUCGCAAAAAUCUGCCCAGAAUAAAUCAGAUGCGUUUCUAUGGGAAUAAUAUGCAGACCUAAACUUGUCGCCUGCCUUCCCGCCUUUGGGACAAAAACUCACAUUGUUAGGGUGCAAAUGUGUAUACAGAUCUCUGGUUUCAGCCUCUUGCGAAUUGGAAAGUAAAGUUAGCGGGUGCACAGUGCACUGUUAGGAUGCUGGAUUGCCCUAAAGUAAAUUGAUGUUUCGGCAAAAUUAUAUACUUACUCCUGUCUAAAUAAAGUCAUUCGAAAUAUUUCACCAGGGAGCAUGACUCAACUAAGUAAAAUACAAAGUGUCAAAGUCGCGUCAAUUCAAAUCUGGUAUUAGGAACAAAAGAGGUCAACACGACUUCUAAGAUAUACUAGUUAUUUUAAUUAAUGCAAAAACCUUCAAUGGUAAAUAUGAUGUUUCGUAUAUACGGGCUCUCUGAAAUACCUCGCAGGGCACCCCAGAGAACUAACCCAUUGUUCUGGGUUCUUGCUCAAAUACUCUGACAGAGGGAGUUUCCCACCUCUCUGCUGACCAAUUAGAGUAGAGACUUGCAAAGCUGUUAUCAAGGUAUUCGCAAAAUGGCGGAUGGAAGACAGGGUGGUGUGGCAGGUGCCGCUUCUCAUUCGAAUGCUGUAAUUUUAUCUAAACCAUCAGGUGUACGCCGACCCCAGCUAAGUAACUCAUGCAAAGAGUUAAAGCGCAAUUAUGUGUUUUAUCUCCAGUACUCUGCCAUGAUUGUCAGUUAUGUAGCUGCUCUACUGAUAAUCUCAGUGCGUCCUUGCUGGGAUGACACAAUCAGUCUACUACCGGAGAAUAUUAACACCAAACACAAACACAUUGGUUCACCGUUCCACGGGAGCGGACAGUACACAGCAUACCAUAAUGUUCUGAAUAAUGGCCAAGUCUACCUCGCUCCUUAUUCUACUGAACCGCUUAGGCGCAACAAACACAAGUCCAACAUUUAUCGGAAACUGUUAAACUACCUGUUCACUACCCUCCUGCUCUCCGGGGAUGUGCAACUCAAUCCUGGGCCCAACAUCACCGAGCCAGCGAUACGCACCGGAGUGGAGGGUGGUGGAUGGCCUCGUCCACUGAUCGUCGCCGCUGUGGAGGUGGGUGAGUGCUAUGGUCCUGUGGUUUCUCUCGACUCACCCGGCUCCAGGAUGGAUUUUGACUCUUCAAACAUACCAAAGUCGCUAUAUGCGAUCCCCGACUCUGCUUCUGGUAUGCAAGCUGUUUUAAUUAGUUUCCCGCAUCCAGUGCAGGCGGGAGGGAUUGUUAAUUGCGCUACCGAACUGCCCCUAAUCAAAACGAAACAAAACGGCCUAAACCCAGCCGUCAGAAAACACAGAAAAUUUAACUUUUUUCAAUGUGUCAAUCACUCUCGAGUCAUCUGGGACCCACGAGCUAAGCCCAAGGGACUACUAGGGGGGCACUUGAACAUUCGUAGUGUCAUUCCAAAAAGUGAUCAAAUUCAACAUCUACUCACAGACUCCAACCUUGACUUUCUCUGCCUCUCAGAGACAUGGCUCCAUAGAAACUCUCCAUCUGCUGCUUUGAUUGUGCCUGGCUACAAUGUUUUCAGGAGAGACAGGACUGAAGGAAGAGGAGGGGGUGUGAUGAUUUAUAUUAAAGAACAUAUCCGAUGUAAACAAAUUGAGUGGUCAGGUGAUAAUGAACUAGAAUGUAUUGGCCUGAACAUUACACUGUCUCCCCAAAUGUCUUUUACCCUCAUUGGAAUGUAUAGGCCACCUUCCACCAAAAGUGUGUUUUUUGAUCAGUUUAAUAACAUGCUUAGGGAAUGUGAUUUUGGGAAAGAGGUCAUCUUAAUGGGAGAUUUUAACAUUAAUUAUGAAGACAAGUGUUGUAGGAAAACCCUCAAACGGAUCACUAAUACCUUUGACCUUACACAGCUAGUUAAAAGGCCAACCAGGGUGACUUGUUGCUCUAAAACACAGAUUGAUUUGGUGUUCAGUAAUAAACCAGAGAGAGUGACUAAAUCAUUCAAUAUGGUUACUGGGCUAUCUGAUCAUAAUCUGACACUUAUAGCCAGAAAGCUGUCUAAGAGCAGGUUUAACCUCUCUACUGUUAGAAAGCCUGAUCAACUAAGAAUACCUAAGAGUGAAUUAAGCUAUUUUGAAAAUGCAAUUAAGGGAAUUAACUGGAAUGAUCUCUUGUCCUAUGCAGACGUGGAAGCUGAUAGUCAAGUUUUUCUAUCCACAAUCCAGACUACAUUAACUGGUUUCCUAAAGAAAAUCAAAUCCAAACCUGGCCAAAAGAACACUCUUCCUUGGCUAAAUGGAGAAAUCUGGAAAUUGAUGAAAGAACGAGAUUAUUAUCUAAAAAUAGCCCUAAGAUCCAAAUUAGAGCAUGACAGACGUAGGUUUACCAUGUUGAGAAAUAAGGUGAUGAAAGAAAUCAGACAGGCCAAGGCAAACUUUUUUAUUAACAUAAUUGGUGAAGCAAAGGGAAAUUCUAAACUGAUCUGGGAGAAUCUAAAAAAGUUAACAGGGAAAGACCAUAGUAACACUGCAAAAAGACUAGAAAUCAUGGUGAAUAACAAUCUAACACAGGAUGCAGUCGAAAUAGCAAUAGCCUUCAAUUCCUACUUUAUUGACUCUGUCAGGGUACUGACACAGAACCCCUCCACUGGUUUCUUGGGCUCAGUGCUAGUAAAUGAUGCUCAACCUGUCUUCAUCAUAAGGGAGGUUUCUGAGUCAAAGGUAGACAAGGUGAUUAGCUCACUAAAGAACUCUAAAGCCAAAGAUGUGUUUGGGAUGGACUCUACCUUUCUUAAAAACUACAAAGAGUCACUCAAUGGCCCCAUUACUAAGGUCACCAACACAUCUAUUGGUCUCGGGGUGUUUCCAAGGGUAUGGAAGUCGGCCAUAAUAACGGCCAUCUUUAAAUCAGGCGACCCUGCUGACGUGAGUAACUACAGGCCCAUUAGUAUACUACCUGUGGUGUCAAAGGUUGUUGAAAAGUGUGUAGCAGAACAACUGAUUGCCCACCUCAACAACAGCCCCUUCACAUUACAUUGCAUGCAGUUUGGCUUCAGAGCGAAACACUCCACAGAAAUGGCCAACUGCUUUUUUCUGGAAAAUGUGAAGUCCAAGAUGGACAAAGGGGGCGUUGUUGGGGCUGUGUUUCUGGACCUAAGGAAGGCUUUUGAUACUGUUAACCAUGAGAUUCUCAUCUCAAAAUUGUCUAAGUUCAACUUUUCCCCCGAUGCCUUGAGAUGGAUGAAAUCAUACCUUGAAGGCAGAACUCAGUGUGUCAGAGUGAGCAAUGAGCUGUCGCCCACUCUUAGCUAUGAUGUGGGUGUGCCCCAAGGGUCAAUACUGGGGCCCCUCCUGUUCAGCCUGUACAUUAAUGAUCUGCCUUCUGUCUGUACUGGGUCUGAAGUUCAAAUGUAUGCAGAUGAUACAGUGAUAUAUGUGCAUGCAAAGAGCAAACAACAAGCUGCACAAGAACUCACUACUGUAAUGGUCCAGGUUACAAAGUGGCUCAGUGACUCGUGUUUGCAUCUCAAUGUGAAAAAAACUGUUUGCAUGUUCUUCACAAAGAGGGCAACAGAUGCUACUGAGCCAGAAGUCUAUGUGUCAGGGGAGAAGCUCCAGGGGGUAUCUGAUUUUAAGUACCUUGGCAUCAUACUUGAUUCCAACCUCUCUUUUAAAAAGCAUGUGAAAAAGGUAAUUCAAAUAACCAAAUUCAACCUAGCUAAUUUCCGAUUUAUACGAAAUUGUUUGACUACAGAGGUAGCAAAACUGUACUUCAAAUCUAUGAUACUCCCCCACUUAACAUACUGUUUGGCUAGUUGGGCCCAAGCUUGCUGUACAACAGUAAGACCUAUUCAGUCUGUCUACAAACAGGCUCUCAAAGUGCUUGAUAGGAAGCCCAAUAGCCAUCAUCACUGUCACAUCCUUAGAAAGCAUGAGCUCCUGAGUUGGGAAAAUCUUGUGCAAUACACCGAUGCAUGUCUUGUAUUCAAGAUCCUAAAUGGCUUGGCUCCCCCUCCACUCAGUAUUUUUGUUAAACAGAAAACCCAAACAUAUGGCAGCAGAUCCACAAGGUCUGCCAUGAGAGGUGACUGUGUAGUUCCCCUAAGGAAAAGCACCUUUAGUAAAUCCGCUUUUUCUGUGAGAGCUUCCCAUGUCUGGAAUACACUGCCAUCAGACACACAUAACUGCACCACAUAUCACACUUUCACAAAAUGCUUGAAGACAUGGCUAAAGGUCAAUCAGAUUUGUGAACAUGGUCCCUAGCUGUGUGUUGCCGCUUUCCAUGUCUGUUGUCUGUAACUUGUGAGGUGUGGAAACACUUUGUUGCUUUUAUGAAUUUUGUCUUGCUGCUUUUUGUUCUAUGUUGCUCUGUCUGUAUGCUACGUCUUGCUUGUCCUAUGUUGCUAUGUCUGUAUGCUAUGUCUUGUUCUAUGUUGUUAUAGUCUAUAUUGUAAUUGUUUUUAAUAAUCUGCCCAGGGACUGCGGUUGAAAAUUAGCCGGCUGGCUAAAACCGGCACUUUUACUGAAACGUUGAUUAAUGUGCACUGUCCCUGUAAAAAUAAACUCAAACUCAAACUCAAACUUGAGCGUGGUUUAGACUUACUCAGUCAAUCCGUUGAUGCAUCUCUGUUACCAGGCAUAUGUCCAUAUCAUAACAACCUGUCAUAGUGAGAAGAGCCAGCUCCCUUAGACACCAUUCCUACGUCCAAGGAAGGCUCACAGAUCACAAAGAACCAGUAUAUUCCAGCAUCUGGAGACACAAUCCCUAUCUCACUUUACCCCCUAAAACAGCUAUUCACAUCAAUCACAGCUUGCCAGGUGUCACAACCUACAUUAGCCCAGUCAAGAAUGCAUUCUUUCUAAGUUAGUCAUCCCAUCAAUUCAAUUAUUUAGAAAAUAGAACCCAACAAAAGGCCUAAAGUCGACAAAUAAAAUCGGUAGAAAAGUUCCUGAUAAAUUCCGGUUCUUUCAAUCAGUCAUCUCUCUACUACGCCUGUCUGCCUCCCUUUAUAUCUGUAUUGACUUGAGCUAUUGCUAUUGAAUUGCAACAUUGUAUCAAAUUAUAACUGUGUCCGGCCCAAAGCUGUUACUAGCGAACUUGCAACAUUGUAUCAAAUUAUAACUGUGUCCGGCCCAAAGCUGUUGCUAGCGAACUUGCAACAUUGUAUCAAAUUAUAACUGUCCGGCCCAAAGCUGUUGCUAGCGAACUUGCAACAUUGUAUCGCCUAUUCCAGUCCCUCGUACAGUAGUUUCCUGCACCAGUGAGCUGGGGACAGACAUAUGUUUGUUUUAUGACGUUUCCACUGGAAAUAUGGGAUCAUGAUAUUUUUUCUCUUUCACACCGAGGCUUGGUGAUUAUCGAGGCCGGGAGUGUUGGAAAGAUUUUUUCAAAUACUGAGGAACUGUCAUUCGCAAUGGAUGUUAAAUAAUGAUCCUCUGUGGCUAAGACAUGCUCCCUGUGAAGUAUUUUGAAUGAUUUGAUUUAGACAGGAGUAAUUAUAUAAUUUUGGCGAAACAUUACUUUAGGGCAAUCCAGCAUCCUAACAGUGCACUGUGCACCCCCCAACUUUCCUUUCCAAUUCGCGAGGCUGAAACCAGAGAUCUGUAUAUGAUGAGGAGAUGCUCAUGACUCCGCCCAAUGGGAGUCUUUGUCCCGAAGGCGGGAAGGCAAGUGACAAGCUUAGGUCUGCAUAUUAUUCACAUAAAAACACAUCUGGCUUAUUCUGGGCAGAUUUUGGCGAGCCCUGAAAUAAGGGACAAAUCAACCUAUUUUUCCUAAAUUAGUGGUGCUUGAAUUUGUUGAUAAAAUGCGGGACAUGAUUGUUUCUUUGUGGGAAGGGUGGCAAAGGGGCAAAAUGUGUGACUGUCCCGCACAAUCCAGGUCAUGUGGUCGACCUAGAUGUACAUGUUCGUCCUCAUUACAGUGAAAAGACUGUGGAUAGGUAUUCUGUUGUAAUCAUUCAUGUGUGUUUUCUCAGGUUGGUGAUGGUGAGAGUGAGCACCUCGCUGCUUUCUUCAGUAGGAACUCUUACCUGAGCGGCAGUUAUGAUGAGGAGGACUCCUUCUCUGAGCUGAAUGCCCACCUGAGCUCCCUGACCACCAGCAGGGGGGCUGACCAUGCUAACUGUGUCUUCUACCUGGCACUGCCCCCCAGCGUCUACCAUCAUGUUAGCAAGAACAUCAGAGCCCACUGCAUGUGCCGCAAGUCAGUGUCUCAAACACACUUGUCAGAUCACUCAAGCACGCAUGCAUGCGUAUACAUAUGCAUGCAUGAACACACAUAUACACACACACUUGUUUUACUAUCAUUUUACUAUUUUCCCUAACCCAUAACAUAACCCUAACUCCUAACACCUAACUGUAAUUCUAAUCCUAAACCUAACCCCUAAGCCUAAAAUCAGGGGCGCCACUGGUUUUAGAAGGGGGGGGGGGGAGGGUACAUAACCUGGCGAGGGGUCUGGGGGGUCCUCCCCCAGAAUCUUUUGGGCCAUCUAAAAGUAAUGUCCUGUAUUUCUACACAAUCUAAUAUGACCCAUGGCUCUUCUCACCGUCUCUAUUUAGAAAAACAAAAAUGCCCCCAGUCAUCAAGCUAGGUAAGAGAUCAUUAUUAAAUAUGUUGAAGUGAUUGAUAAGACUGAACUAGAUCAAAGGUAAUUCAAUAAUAGAUAUUGCACCUUUAACCAAUAGCCUAACAAAUGAACAAGUCUUGGAAAAAAUACAGACUUUUGAUUGUCUUUAUUAAGACAUCCUCUAUAUCAAAUUUCAGCCAGCCCGAGCCGCCUGAAAGCCUGACCCCCACCAGUCUAGUCAAUAACAACAACAACUCUCUCCCAACACAAGUUAAUUCCCAGCUCCCACCUUUAAUUUUUUUUGUUCCCAAGGGCAAGGUUUUAAAAAACACACUAAAAAAACACAUACGCCUCAAAUGUAUAUGAACACACAGAAACAGCAAAUCCUCCAUAUAAUUAAUUUCAUAGGACUAAUAGUACUGUAGAGCUGUUCUUACUUGCACACAAUAUAGCUGGGUCGCCCCGUCCUGUCCUUAGGGGGUCCACCACCCUGCAGCGCCCCAACCUAACACACCCCACUCAGGUUUAGGAUCUUAGUGAAACAUUCCUUAUUGGGUUCAGGUGUGUUAGGCCAAGGCCAGAGAGACAACCCACAGUACGGCAGACCCCCAGACCCAGGGCCAGGACUGAGCAGCCCAGCAGACCCCCAGGGCCAGGACUGAGCAGCCCAGCAGCUAGGGAUUGCCUAAAUAGGUAUCUCCCCUGACGUGGGCAUGUUUUCAAUACAGACUCCUUUAGUCAUACUGAAUUCCAUAUAAGGCAUCCAGACCUUAUGAAAGUUGCCCAGUAUACCCUUAAUCUGGUAAUAAAUCAAAGCUAGUGAUACAUAACUUGACAUGCAUUUCUUAGCCGCUAUAAAUGCUUGGUUACACAGUUUCUUCAGAUAAGUCUCCGGUAUCAACAUUUCCAAGCAAACAAAAACAGGUAGAAGGGAGAAUCUGUAGACAUGCUGAGAUUUACAUUUUUUACAUUCUACAUACUCUUUGCCAGAAUUCAGCCAUCCUUCACAAGACCAUAACAUAUGCAAAUAUGUCCCCUUUUGUGUUUUACACCUCCAGCAGAAGAAUAACAUUUCUGAGGGCAUGAUAUUCAGUUUCACUGGCAUAUAGUACAUUCUAUGGAUGGUCUUAAACUGCAGUAAUGUAUGUCUGAGAUUAUAUGAACAUGACUGGGCAUUCAAACAUAUCUGUAUCCAUUCAUCAUCAAUAGCUUCUACCAGGUGUUCCUCACAUUUUUGUUUUAUAUGUUCAAUGUCAUCGGGAAAAGCCUCUAUCAACCUUUGAUACAGUUUGUAAAUUCACUUUGGAGGUUUGUCAGACUGCCGUAAAAUAGCAUCUGGUUGGUCCAGUGUUUGCUGCAAAAAUUAACCUCACCUCUGUCACAGACUGGUCUUCCCUGGCUGCCUAAACCUGCUGAGACUCCUGUUACCAUCUGAUCCUCCUAUAAUGAGGCAUGACAAAGAAUUACCUUGGUGUACAUUCAUACAUUACAUUAUCCAAGAAUAGAAUCAAUGGUUCAAUAAUUGAAAUGACCAUUAUUCCCAGAUCCCAGACUAUAGCUUUAAGCUUUAGCUGCUGUCCUGUAGCUACUGUAGGUCUACCCAUCAAUUCAAGAUGGAACUUUGUAUCAUUCACUGAUAUUGUUAAUAUACUGAAACAUUCACCUGAGCUGUGUAGACUGGUCUUCCCUGGCUGUCUGGCCCUGCUGGGACCCCUGUCAACAUCUGAUCCUGCUAAGACAUGAUGAGCAUAGUGUCGUGCACUAGAGGAAAGCAUUCAAGCGGCACGGUCUGUGGGCGGGAGCUGCGGUAAAACAGACGACUUUGGGAUGAAAAUAUUUUAUUUUUGUUGUCCCACAGAUUAUUUGGAAACUGUCCUCUUUCUGCUUUGUAUGAGUUAGCCUACCUAUUGUAUUAAAAGCACACUCAGAAUUCGCGGCAUCAACUUCAGUAGCCUCCCUCUCCUGGUUGGGCGUGAGAGUUCAUGCGCGCUUAGUAUGUGUGGUCUCAUUGAAAUAGAGAAGGCUGCCUACAUGGGCGGAGAAUCACGUGGCAGUUAACUUAAAUAUGAUUAGACUGUAGUUUAGUACAAUGUCUGUAAAUACAUCUUGAUAAUGGAAAGAAGUGGAGGGCGCUCAACCAACGUGAGUCGAAGUGCAAUCAAAAAAUGUAAUCGUCAUUGAAAAGGAAAAGGCACAACGCGCACAUAGGUUAGGCUGCUAUGGUGAGCGAGUGCUGCGCCUUUUCAUUAUCAAUUAGUAUUGAUUACCCAUUUAUUUGUCUCUGCCUGCAAAUCGUCCUCCUAAAAGGUCCUAUAGGUCUAUGCAAAAGUGUCGCUGUCAUCAUUCUUGCUGCUUCAAGUUCAGUGCCAUACCUUCGGGAUUAGGUGCGCGUGUGGUCUCCAUUAAAUAGGGUAGGCUUUAGCCUAUGCACGGGCAGAGAAGCACGGGGCAGUUCUCUUUUCAAGGAAAUGUACUUCCUAAAUAGGCCUAUGAUUAGGCUAUAGUUUACUACAUUGCCUAGAAAGGCCUAAAUAUUAAUCACCCAUAUUUCUCUGUCUGAAAUCUUCCCACUCCUAAAACGUAGGCUAUAAAAAUAGCUCGAGAGAAAGUGCACGUCUCUCCAACUCUGCUCUCUUCAAACUACAUCUAGCAUAUUGGCUAAUCUAGCCCGUUCAAAAGUUUGGGGUCACUUUUUUUUGUCCAUUAAAAUAACAUCAAAUUGAUCAGAAAUACAGUGUAGACAUUGUUAAUGUUGUAAAUGGCCAUUGUAGCUGGAAACGUCUGAUUUUUAAUGGAUUAUCUACAUAUGCAUACAGAGGCCCAUUAUCCGCAACCAUCAGUCCUGUGUUCCAAUGGCAUGUUGUGUUUGCUAAUCCAAGUUUAUCAUUUUAAAAGGCUAAUUGAUCAUUAGAAAACCCUAUUGCAAUUAUGUUAGCACAGCUGAAAACUAUUGUGCUGAUUAAAUAAGCAAUAAAACUGGCCUUCUUGAGACUAGUUGAGUAUCUGGAGCAUCAGCAAUUGUGGGUUUGAUUACAGAAUCAAAUUGGCCAGAAACAAAGAACUUUCUUCUGAAACUCGUCAGUCUAUUCUUGUUCUGAGAAAUGAAGGCUAUUCCAUGCAAGAAAUUGCCAAGAAACUGAAGAUCUCAUACAGCGCUGUGUACUACUCCCUUCACAGAACAGCGCAAACUGGCUCUAACCAGAAUAGAAAGAGGAGUGGGAGGCCCCGGUGCACAACUGAGCAAGAGGACAAAUACAUUAGAGUGUCUAGUUUGAGAAACAGACGUCUCACAGGUCCUCAACUAGCAGCUUCAUUAAAUAGUACCCGCAAAACACCAGUCUCAAUGUCAACAGUGAAGAGGCGACUCCGGGAUGCUGACCUUCUAGGCAGAGUUGCAAAGAAAAAGCCAUAUCUCAGACUGGCCAAUAAAAAUAAAAAUUAAGAUGGGCAAAAGAACACAGACACUAGACAGAGGAUGAUUGGAAAAAAAAGUGUUAUGGACAGACUAAUCGAAGUUUGAGGGGUUUGGAUCACAAAGAAGAACAUUUGGGAGACGCAGACCAAAUGAAAAGAUGCUGGAGGAGUGCUUGAUGCCAUCUGUCAAGCAUGGUGGAGGCAAUGUGAUGGUCUGGGGGUGCUUUGGUGGUGGUAAAGUGGGAGAUUUGUACAGGGUAAAAGGGAUCUUGAAGAAGGAUGGCUAUCGCUCCAUUUUGCAACGCCAUGCCAUACCCUGUGGACGGCGCUUGAUUGUAGGAGGAAAUUGGCUCCAACAGGACAAUGACCCAAAGCACAGCUCCAAACUAUGCAAUAACUAUUUAGGAAAGAAGCAGUCAGGUGGUAGCGGGUGGGAGUCGGACAGAAAGCCAGCAGGUGAGGAAUGAAAAGCUACAGGUGCAGGCAGGAGCGGGAUGAAGAAAUCGGUCCGGCGCAGACCUCUACUGUGCACCAUGACAGUGAAGCCUGUAACGUUAGAGCUGUUUAUUACUGUGUCAGUGUGAAAAAUAAGGAAUUAACUAGGGAAACUGACAGAUCAAUAACAUUACAUUGCCAUACUGACUAAUAGAAACUCACAUUGCACUGAAAAAACGUCACAAUAUCAAUCUUCAAUUGUUUGGCCGAUGGUUUCAUCGUUUGAUUCAGGUCUAAGUUAGUGUGAUUGAGGCAAAAAUAAUAGCUAACGUUUGCCAACUUUUGGCCAGCUGUCUCGCUAACUAUAUAGCAACUGGCGAAAGCUAGACAAGUUCAUUUACUUCUGUUGAAACGGGACAGAAAAAAGGCUACAAAACAUGUCCAUACAAAACAACAGCUGUUAGAUAGUAGAAAUAGCCACCUCAUAUCGCUAACUUAUCUGACAGGUAACUAGAGGCUAGAGCUGACCUGGCUGUGGUAGCUACUCACUAGCGUAGCUUAUUCAUUCACGUCAGUCAAGAGGGGAUAAAACAUUAGCUAAAGUUACAUGUCAGUUACAAUACUAACUCAGUACUACAAAUAAACACUCGUUUUUUAUUUCUAUUGAGUUAAACAGCAGUUACCUUGCCAGCUACAUCAGUCAAAGAGUUGCCCGUUUCUGCUCUGCUUCCUUUUACAACUCGGUGAAAGAGCGCAACACAUACACACUGAACUAUGCUCAACUCUCCUGUGCGGAUCUAGCCAGCCUUCCAGAAGCUUUGCCUUCACACAGCCUGUCAGCCUCCUCUGUAGUGUCCACGUGGUCCUAAAUCCAGCCAGCUGUUCACUCCCAACAGCCUACCCGACCGCUCUGAGGCGUCCACAUGGUCCUAUAGCACAAUAUUUCUGCUUUUUGUAUCACAUUGUAAUGAAAAAACGGGGGAGGACGAAAAUACAAUUGUGGGGCCCAGCAUAAUGUCCCGACUAGUCUGAAUUUCUGGUCCCCACAAGGAUAGAAAACCCAUAAACACACAUGCACAAACACACUCACACAUCCCUGUACCACACUGUACAGUGUUCUUUCUCCUUCUCUCUGUGUGUGUGUUAGAGGUUGGAGCAGGGUGAUAGUGGAGAAGCCGUUUGGUCGUGACUUGCAGAGUUCUCAGGAGCUGUCGUCCCACCUCUCCUCCCUAUUCAGAGAAGACCAGAUCUACCGCAUAGACCAUUACCUGGGCAAGGAGAUGGUGCAGAAUCUCAUGGUCCUCAGGUACAGAGAUGUUAAAACCUCAUGGUCCUCAGGUACAGAGAUUACGUUAAAAGCUCAUGGUCCUCAGGUACAGAGAUGAAGUUAGAACCUCAGGUACAGAGAUGAGCUUGAGUCCUGAUCCCAGGAGACAGUACAUGUAUAUAUUUGAUAUCCUCUUUGUUCAUGAAGUAUUGUACAGUAUUCAUCACAAUGAAGCAGAUGCUUUUGUCCAAAGCGAUUUACAAUGAAGUGUGUUCAUACAGGUUAGGGAUGUGUAUGUGAUCCCUGUGGGAACUGAAAGAACCGUGGCGUGCUAUGUUCUUACCAACACAGGAACAGUUUACCAUUGUGUUUUGAUCCUGUCGUCUGUCUUUCUGUCCAUCAGGUUUGGGAACCGUAUCUUUGGCCCUAUCUGGAACAGGAACAGUGUGGCCUGUGUGGUUCUAACCUUUAAAGAACCCUUCGGUACACAGGGACGCGGAGGAUACUUUGACGACUUUGGCAUCAUCCGGUGAGGAGGAGUGGAAUUUGCAAUAGCCUGUCAUGCCAUGCCAAAGUAUAAAUCACUGGAAAACUUUGAUCAACUGUUUUCAGAUUUUGAUGUGGUUCUCUUAUUCUAUGGUAAUGUAGUGGAAUAUAGCUAUUUUUCUAUUAUUUAUCUUUUUUUUCUUUCUCUGUAUUGUUGGCAAGCGCCCGUAAGUAAGCAUUUCAUUCUUAGUCUACACCUGUUGUUUACAAAGCAUGUGACAAAUAAUUGAGUUGUUCAGUUCCAUGGGUUUGUGAUAUUUCCUACUUCCUGCUUUAGUGAUGUCAUGCAGAACCACCUCCUCCAGAUGCUCUCUCUGGUUGCCAUGGAGAAGCCUGCCUCCACCAGCCCUGACGACGUGAGAGAUGAGAAGGUAGCAUCACCAACCAGUGUUCCACUUUGAUUAUUCCUUUGCACUUUUUAUUAGGGCCAGGAGUUUUCCCAUGGACAUGCUGACCAGGAAAAACUCUGGGCCCACUUUUUACACAGGUGACAUAAAACUAUAUGGCCAUUCCCUCUGUCUUAUAAACGUGUGUGUGUGUGUGUGUGAACCCUAGGUGAAGGUGUUGAAGUGCAUCGCCCCAGUGCCUCUGUCUGAUGUGGUGCUGGGUCAGUACAUAGGUGACCCUGAGGGGGAGGGCCAUGCCAGACUGGGUUACAUAGAUGACCCCACCGUGCCCAACGGCUCCCGGACGCCUACCUUCGCCACCGCUGUGCUCUACGUACAGAAUGAGAGAUGGGAUGGUAAGGACUGACGGCCAUCUUGGAUUCUGGCCAACUCUUUUCCUCCUAUGUCCCUUAUCUAGACAUGUUGACAGAUUUAGACACAUCUUCCAGACUCAUCUUGCUUUUUGUCGACAGCUCAUAUUGUCAGCCUGAUACUCUGCAUUUCUCAAAAUCCUGAACUCUCCCUCUCUUAUCUAGUUAUUCUGUUACUAGACUCUCCAACUCGUCUUGUUUGUGUUUUUUCUUGGUACAGGUAUGACUCCACCUGAACAGGAAGGUCGAUCAUAACUCUCAUGCACACUCUCUUUCUCUCCCCCUCUCUCCUCCCUUCUCAUCAACCCUCUCUCUAUUCUUUCUCUCUCCCCCCCGCAACCACCCACCCAUCCCUCUCUCCCCUCACCCACCCAUCCAUCCACCCACCCAUCCCCCUCUCCCCUCAUUUAUCCACCCAUCCCUCUCCCCUCAUCCACCCACCCAUCCCCCUCUCCCCUCAUCCAUCCACCCAUCCCUCUCUCCCCUCAUCCACCACCCCCCAGGUGUUCCGUUCAUCCUGCGUUGCGGUAAGGCCCUCAACGAGCGUAAGGCGGAAGUGCGUCUCCAGUUCACGGACGUUCCAGGGGACAUCUUUAAUGAGCAGUGCCAGAGGAAUGAGCUGGUGGUCAGGGUACAGCCUGAUGAGGCCAUCUACCUCAAGAUGAUGACCAAGAAGCCUGGAGUCUACUUCAGCCCUGAGGAGACUGAACUGGACCUCACCUACAGGAGCAGAUACAAGGUAAGAUGUAUACACACACACACACACACACACACACACACACACACACACACACACACACACACAUAAUACUGUGUAGAAUAGAUGACAACUAGUCUCAUGUUCUCUCUACAGGACGUGAAGCUCCCUGAUGCAUAUGAGCGUCUGAUUCUGGAUGUGUUCUGUGGGAAUCAGAUGCACUUUGUCCGCAGGUCUGUCUCUGACUGUCACUAUCUCACCCACUUAAAUUCAAAUUUCAAAUGUAUUUUAUAAAGCAUUUUUACAUCAGCAGUUGUCACAAAGUGCUUAUACAGAAACCCAAUGUAAAACCCCAAACAGCAAACAGUGCAGAUGUAGAAGCAUGUUGGCUAGGAAAAACUCCCUAGAAAGGCAGGAACCUAGGAAGAAACCUAGAGAGGAACCAGGCUCCGAGGGGUGGCGAUGUGCCGCUGACAUGUCCUGACUUGUGUCUGCCUCUGUCUCUUACCCUGUGUCUCAGUCACCACACUAUCUCUGACCCUUAUCUAUGGCCUGAGAAACCCUAUGUAAUCUACACUGAUAAUCUCUCAUGUACAGAAGCAACAUUUCUAUUAGACCUGAUUAUAUCACUGUGACAAAAUAUAUAAGGGAUAAACGCUGACGUUCUGUACAUUACCUUGGAAAUAAUGGACAACGCAGCGGGACCACGCAGAGCCAAGUCCCUUUGUGGAGUUCAUUUUUUCCAAGGUAAAUGUACAGAACGGAGGCGUUUAUCCCACUUAUACCACAGUUGCCAAAGAAAACAAUUUCUGAAUGCACAAAGAAAACAAUACUAAAGCACACAUUUUAAUGUCCAUUCUAGAACGCCCUUCUAGCCAAUCAGAAACUAGUAUUCAUCAACGCUGUGGUAUAAAUCAUAACAUUUCCCCUGUUUCCUGGUCCUCUUCCUCUCCCAGUGAUGAGCUGCAGGAAGCCUGGAGGAUCUUCACUCCCCUCCUCCAUCACAUAGAGGGAGAGAAAACACCUCCUAUCCAUUACAGCUAUGGAAGGUAAGUAAUACUACUAAUCCUACCUUACUUUCAUCACAUCGUAUGUCCAUCUAACCCUCCUCCACCCUCUAUCUGUCCCAGUUCUUUUCCAUGUUUGACCCCCCACACAUGCAACAUUCUGUCCAUCGCUUCCCUUCGUAUCCUCUCUCUCUCUCUCCCUCUCCCUCUCCCUCUCUCUCUCUCUCUCUCUCUCUCUCUCAGUCGUGGUCCAAAUGAAGCGGAUGAGCUCGUGAGGAGGGUGGGAUUCCGCUACGAGGGAACAUACAAGUGGGUCAACCCCCACACUGCAUGACACAGACACACAAAACACACACCAAUUACACUGUGUGAAAGUUCACUUGUGUUUGCUACUCUCCACUCUUUCCAGAUGCUUAUUUCACUUAUACUGCAUGGAAGAAAAUGUAUUUCUCUCUGCAUUUCUCACAAUCCUGACUGAUUCCCUCUUCUCUCCUAUUUGAGUUAACAUGGUAUCCUACUGUACUGGAUGUGCUGUAGCCAACAAACACAGAUGAGUUGGUUAAAGCACAAACAGAUCUGAACCACCAGGCGACAAAUCAGUAUUAUGGAAAACACUUCUGGACUUGAUUAAUGCAACGUUUGAUUGCAGCAUGGCUAACCAAAUUGAUUGUGACCAAAUAAAUCCUGAUAAUUUAUUGACUUCACUGAUUGUUUGAUUGACGAUGUAAAUUCCUGUGAGAAUGUCGUCUAGAAGGCAUUGAGAUCCCUGAAGGUAAGAGGGAAAAUCCUGAGCCAGCAAGGUAAGGAUAAUCAACUAAAAACAUCCAAAUUAUUCUAAACUUUCUUAACCUGACUAAUUAUAUUUGCAUCUACAUAAGCACAUUCCUAUGUAUCACUCAGUCCUAGCCUAGCCUGGUCUGGGCCUAAUUUAAGUUGCUCCACUAGACUGGCAGUUGACUGAUGUUGUUUCCUGUUUCUUUCCCUCCAGGUAUAUGGCCCAGUUCUGAGCCUGCUGUCACUCCAUAGCCCACAGACAGCAGACUGUUACCGCUGGGAGGGCCAGAGGAAGCAGAAUGAAUGUGUCACUAUAUAAAUUGGGCGUGCUCGUUUUACAUCGCCCGGUUCCCCGGGUGGGUGAAAAUGUCACUUUAGGACAAAUGGAAUCGUCUAAAAUGUGCAAACUCCGCCCAGCUGGGGCAAAGGACGAUGCAAAACAAAUGUGCCCAAUGACAAUAGCUGAUUCAUCAAAUUGCACUGCAUGCAAUGAAUGUAUCUGCCUUUCUUGGAUCAACUCUGUCACUGUGGUUUGAGAAUGGUCUCAAUGUUCAAGAACAACAGGUUUGACCUACUCUUCUGUUCUCACUAGACAAAGCCACUAACGCCUCAGGUGUGUCUCUUUCUUUCUGGGAGUAAAUGUCCCUUCUGCCAUAAACAAGAAAUAAUGUGUAAAGCUCGAAACUCUGCUUAAUAAAAAGGUCUGUCC